UGAUUUUUGACAAACAAAAAAACCGGCACCGAAUUAACAAAAACAACGCUGUAAACGAAAACUUUAAAAAUAUUGAGAAAAUGUUUGCUUUGGUCGAGAUGUAAUGAUUGGAUUCCUUAAAUUUCUGAUUUAAUAAGAUAGAAAAAUAAAUGAAAUACGUAAAAAGUUUUAAACAGAAAUGAACUGGCUGAAUGGACAGAAUUUAAAAAAAACGACGUUCAAUUAUUUUACAAAGCCAAUUUUCCCGCCGUGUAUUGUGAAAAAAUUUAAACAAAACUCAAAUACAACUAAAAUACGUUGAAACUCAAUGAGUUAUAGUGAUCAAACGCAUUUAUACAGUACGAAAAUCAGUGCGAGUGUUGAAAUGUUGGGGUUGUUUUCCAGCGGUGCUCUGGGCGGCGUGGAAGUCCUAGAUGGUGGAUUGGUAGGCGGUGAACUUGGUCACGUGUUGAGCGCGCAGGCCGCGGCACACGCAGCAGCUACUGCCCAUCAUCAGCAACAACAAAUAGCUGCACAACAGAUUAAAAACUCUCCGUCAUCAGGCCGUUCAUCACCAGUUCAACCCACAAAUGGCACCACACCAGCUACGGGCACCACUUCACCAUCGCCAAGCAAGCUCUUCGUGGGGGGCCUCAGCUGGCAGACGAGCUCGGAAAAGCUACGAGAGUACUUCACAAUGUUUGGAACUGUCACUGAUGUUUUGAUAAUGAAAGAUCCCGUUACUCAGAGGUCGCGCGGGUUCGGCUUCAUCACGUUUCAGGACGCCUCAUCCGUGGACAAGGUCCUAGCCGUGUCCGUGCACACGCUCGACGGGAAACGGAUCGACCCCAAACACGCCACCCCCAAGUCCGCUCCGCGACCUACCAAGACCAAGAAGAUAUUCGUCGGCGGAGUCGGGCAGGACACCUCCGCCGAGGAGGUCAGGGCGUACUUCUCGCAGUUCGGCGUGGUCGAGGACGCGGUCAUGCUGAUGGACCAGCAGACGAAGCGGCACCGCGGCUUUGGCUUUGUGACGUUCCACUCGGAGGAGGCGGUGGAGCGCGUGUGCGACAUUCACUUCCACACGAUCAAGAACAAGAAGGUGGAGUGCAAGCGCGCGCAGCCCAAGGAAGCGGUCGCGGCGGCCCCGCUGGCGCUCGGAAAGCGGCUGGUGGUGCGCGGGGGGCGUGGCCUGCUGUACGGGGGGCUGCCCUCGUACCGGUACGCGCCCUACGCGCUGCCCUCCGCCCCCGCGCUGGUGCCGCCUGCCCCCGCGCCCCCCGCACCCCUGCCGCAGUUCGGCGCCGCCUAUUCGCUGGCCGGGGUGGACAUGUCCUCGUUCCAGGGCGUGGACUGGAGCGCCAUGUACCACCUGCCGAUGUACAUCUAACUCCCCGUUCCUGAACACGUUUUCUUUCGUUAGCCGGUGCAGGUCUCGGAGUGGCCACAGAGGAAUGAUCAGUAUUUGAACUUAGUUAAGUUUCGGCUCAUUACUGUUAGGUUAAGGAGUUCGCCGCCCGCUGCGGGCCUCAAAGAUGAGCUUUUUUUUUUAAAUUAAAAAGUUGGUAGUUCGGUUUCCCGGCGUGUGCGUUGCGUUGUUUCUUCUAGAGAAUUAGCCCUACUCAAUGCACUCAUUGAUUCUGUCGGUGUAGUAACAUGACAGGGUCCUUUAGAGACCGACGGAAGCGUCACACAGGACUCGCUAUCGGAACUUGAACGUCUUUAAGAGAUCUCACAAUAAUUUAGUUGCGAUAUUACUUUUUUUUUUUCAAGAUAGUAUAUAUAUAUUAUAUACACUAUUAUUAUUUUUGUCUUGGAUUUUGUAAUUAGUUUGUAGUAGUAUUUAGUGCACGUUCGUUGGCAAUACCCAUAUGUAUUGAUAUGACUUUAAACGCGAGGACUGUGUAUAAUUUUUGUUUUGAUGAAUCUCAUUCGCAGCUAUGUAUUUUUUUAUUAAUUUAAACUAUAAUAUAUUUAGCAUAACUUCUGAAGGGCGGGGCGGCCGCGAGCUGCAACAUUAUUUGGUUACUCAAGUGGGGUAAAAAACACUUGAAGAAUAUUUCCAAUAGCCCAUAAUGAAGGUGGAUUUAAUUAAAGGCUGCUUAAUGAUCUGGAUUUAAAGUAUGAACUGUCUCGCGGCCCCCCUCCUCCCUUCAGCUCACAAUACUCUACAUAUCUAACUGACAAGCAAUUCAUUCACGUAUGUAUGUUUUUGUAGUAUAGCGCCUCGUGAGGUUCUGGUACCGUUUAGACGUAUAAUGUACCUUAAAAACUACCGAAUCGGUAGAUUUUGGAGCGUGGCAACAUUUUUCUCAAAAUGGCGGACAUGUCAAUGGCAACAUCGUCUAAACGGCGCUGAAACUGUGGGCGGUUCCUAGUGCGUACAUUAAUAAUAACUUAGUUUAGUGCGAGGGAAUGCUACUAACACCGUGAGUGUCACAUGACAAUAAGCUAAGUAUAUAAGCCGCUGUAGAUUGUAAACGCCGCCUGACUUUGCCUAUGUUUAACACUAGCGAGUGACUGGACCCGUUAGUCGGGUCUGUAGACUCCUUCAUGUAUCAACUUAUCAUAUCUGUAAGGUUUGUACUUAAAAGCUGCUAUUAAAGCUUAGGCUAAAUAUAACUUGUAUCAACUUGGAACGCUUGUAGGUGCGACGUGAUCUGAGGACUCCGACGCACCGCGUCUGUACUUAAACAUAUACAAGUGUUAUUCGCGUUAACUUUGCGCAGUCUGUAUAAAUAAUUCGUUAUCUAAUUGAAUUUGCGGGUACUUAUUGUUUUAAGAUCCUCAUACUAAGUAAUUAUUGUGGACUCGUGUCAUUUCUGACUGGAUGUAAUAGUGCGAAAAGGAUCCAAUAUAAAAUUUAUAACAGAAUUAUUAACAAAGGUAAACUUUUUUAACUAAUAAAUUUUAAAUCAGGUAUCCAGGAGGUAGAAAAAAAUCCAAAAUAUGCAAAUGGUUCCUUCUUGUUAAAUCGCGUUCUAAAGAUACCUUGAUAUUAUCUAGGACCUCGAAUAAUUGCUAUGUGUAAGCUUGACGACUCGUCCAGUCGAUCUGCGGUUGUGUACUUGUAUUGUGACUUAGUUUAACUCGUAGAGUCUGUACGUCGUUCGUACUCGUCUCUAUACAAGCCGUGUACGACUUGAGAGCAAUAAUUUUUUGAACUAAAGUAUAUACUUAACCGACUUAUCAGUAUUAAAUUUGUAGUGUCCAAAUUUUGAUAGUUUUAAAAAUUUUGCUAAAACUCUUUGUGCUCAAAUCGAGGGUAGUAGGGUGACAAUAAAUUUGGCGGAAAAAAUAUCAUAGAUCCCAUAGCUAAGCCGUCGACAAGCCGUGCUGAUUGCAACGUCCAAGGAGGUAAGGCGCUCACUAAUUACUGUAAAACGAAUUUUCGUUUCGUAUUUAAAAAAAUAUUAAAUUAUGACUUCAAUUAGAUCCAGUGACUGACAACAGUCGCUUCUGCCACUGAGUGGCGUCUUUGGACCCGUGUUUUUGAAUUACGAACCAACUAGCAUCCCAAAAAGAUAUUAUAUUACGAUACAUUGAAUAUGUUCUGGUAUUUUCUGGAAACAGAAGGGCGCUCUAGUUGGACUAGUAGAUCUUUCUCGAACUUUUCUACGACCACCUUACCACCGGGCGCUGUCUGCCGGAUUUCGCAAUGUAAAGGAUGAAUAGGUCGUUAAUUGAAAAGUGCAGAACUUUGGAGAAAUCGCAGCGACCACGUCCUCUGUAGUCUUUCUGGAAAACUCCUAUUUAAUUAUUGAUGAGAAAAAGUUUUGCUGUUUAAAUUAUAAUCUUUAUCGGUUGAAAUAGAACGCCUUAAAUUGUAGUAAUUGGUUAGCAUGUCUCGGUGCAAAGCAAAGGCCUCCACGUUUCAUAGACAACUCGCCAACUAUGGAGUAUACUCUGCUUUAAAUAUGCUUUCGACUAUAGCAAAUGUGCUACUACCUAAGGCAGUAAACUUGUUUUUAUAUUAAGGCAUACCAUGGAGAAUUAAACAACCGCAUCACAAGUGAAAUAAAAUGAUCUAUGAUUUCGCACUGUGCUUGGACCGAGCGCUUCCAAGUCACCGAUACGACGGUAAAGCUUAGAUCAGUUUUGACAUUUAUAAGCACGGCUAUUAUGUCAAGGAUUGAAUUUAAACGUAAAAACAAAAGAUUUAGUAGAUUUGAGUGGUGUGUCUUUUAAGUCUUAGCUUUUCGCUUGUGUUGUCAGCAUAACAGUGAAAUAGAAUCUUUUUAAUAUAAUUGGCCGAUGUACUUUGGUACUAUUAAGAUUAAUUAAAUAAUUAGCGUUAGUUUCGAAAAGCAAUACUUAACCCCUGUGAUUAGCAAGUAUUAUACUAUUAUACAUAUGUAUUAUAUAUAUAUCUAUCAACCUAUAUACAUAAAAAGACAAAAUGUGGUUGUGUUUGUGCAAUUUUUAGGAUAAGUCGUGUGUUCCGGACUUGGUCCUUUACUAUUUAAUGACAGUAUUAUCUAGUUUUGGAAAUUAAAUAUUUAUUUCUCAAAGUAAAUGUUUGCGAUUUUAUUUACAUUAACAAUAAUUGAUUUAUGUCUGAACUUUAAUUAUAGUAAGAUUUAAUCCGCAUCACUGGCUCGACUGACGUUUUUACUCUUCCAUCUUCCAACUUUGGUAAACUUCUCUUUUGAAGGUUCCCAUGUGAACCGGUGUCUUAAAUUUUAUCGCCUAGGUGGCUUCUGCUUACAUUCCUACUGUUGUUACGGUCUAUAAGAAUCAUUGGUGUAUGCAACUUAACCAAAACCCAAGGUACACAAAUACUCGCUGUGCAUAUAACUCCUAGUUUAAAAGAAUAGUAAUAACGCCGAUUCACUCCGACAAAUGGACAAUGUUAAGCUGUAAAUGCUUAGAUUGCAUCGUUGACAGCGAAAACUUCCGAGUGAAUAAUAAAAAAGCUUCUGCUAAUUAUUUCUCAUUCAGAAGGCACAUAAACAAUCGUCUUGUACUGAGUAUGUAUCUAAAUUUAAAUGAAAUAAAAUCGCAAAUAUUACUAGGUCACUUCUAAAAAAAAUUAUUUUGUAUUUUUGUCUAAAUUUGGUAAUUUAAUACGUCUGUAGUUGAUAGUUUGUUUCGGUAAUGCUUCGUCGGUUCAAGUCAGGCGGCGAUAUGUAGUGCAGAGUGCAUGCGGUAGCUUGGCCGACAAGUCCCAGUCGGUCCACUCUUGUAACCGUGGUGUGUGGGUACAUAAACAAACAUUUAUGAAGUUAGUUAAUAUAUUAUGCUGUUCUACUGAAUUAAACUAAUUGUCUUGUUGUGUAAAAAUUAUAACCCCAAUAUUUGUAUUAAAACAAAUGUUUUCAAUGCGUUGAAAGAUUUGGAUUCACUAUCAAAAAAAACUUGUGUGCAACUAAAUGUGUCAAAUAUGAUGAAUAUUAAACUAAAAUGUAUGUUGUGGCUUUGGAAAGAAAAUGUGCAAAGUUUUGAUUUUGACGACUCUUCGGACGCGUCCCCACAGACCACGGCUAUCGAAUGCUAUCAUUUCACGUGUACACACAUACCUGUCCUAUAAUUAGCAGUAUUGUAAGUUUAAGUAGUUUUAGUAUCUUACCCUGAGAUUUUAAAAUUGAAGAGGAACGUCUUGACUAAAGAAACUCAUGUCCCUCGUUUUCCGUUCUUCUAAAUUGUCAGUUCAUAAGGCCUACAAAAAAUGUGUAAUUGCAAUGGAAUGUACUUAAAUUGAAUUUAAUCUUUUUUUUUACCGGGCUAUAGACGUUCCUCAUAUUAUGUUACACCUUUUGUAUAAUAGAUCUUUUAUUUCCUUGAGAAUCUCAGUAUUAGAAGAUUACGAGUUGUCUUACCUAACAUCCCCGCCGCUAACGACUUGCCAAAAUAAAACGUGCGGUGGUAAUUAGUACUUAAUAAUUUUCCUAUUAAAUUUAGUAUAUGUUCUGUUCGAACUCCCGCGGCCUCUAAAACUUAACUUUGACGCUGUCAAUGUCAAAAUUGCGCGGGAAUUUUUAAGCGGGAUUUCAAAUAGACUACACGCCACUUGUAUUAAUUUAUGUAUGGUAAGCUGGUUUGUUUUGUCUCGACUAGUGUUUUUUUUUUCUUCAAUGGUUUGCGGAUCGUAGGUCAUAGCAUCGUAGUACUUAGUCAUCUAGAAUCCUUGCUAUAACUUUGUUCUGCUGUCUCUUUUAAACGAGAUUUAGGACAGAGUUAAGUUUAUGCAAGGAAAAUAGAUCGCUCUCUUAGUUUAGUUUGCCCGUUUGUAUGGAGCACUAGUAUACUCGAAUGUGUCAUUACAUGGAUAUGAUUAGAAA